AUGGCGCUGCCUCUAGUGGGCUCGGCUGCAGGCUGUGGCCGGGCCCGGUGGCGGCGGGCUCGGUCUGGCCGGGAGCGGAAGGCGCGGCCGGGGUUCGGUGCUUGCUCGCUGGCUCGCUGGAGGCGCGGCGGGCAGGGAAGGCAGCUGGCGGGUAGAGGCCGGGCUCCGAGGCGGCCCCGCUCCCUAGGCCCCGGGGCGCGGCGGGCUCCGCUGAGGCUCCAAACCCAACAUGGCGGCGGCGGCGGCGGCGGCGCUGGCGCUGAGAACAAGGGGGCCCCGGGACAGGCGAACGGCAAGACGGACCCGCGCUCACUGCGCUUUGUGCCGCGGGAGCGCCGCGCUCAGGCGGCGGCGGCGGUCGGGGGACAUGGCCGGCAGGCGGAGGCUAAGAAUUUUAUUAACUCUUAGCACUGAACAAGAUAGUUCCAGAACAUUAUAAGGAAAAAAAAGAAAAAGAUAAAACAGAAAAUUCACCUUCAGAGAAAUAGCAAGCUGGGUAUCACGACAGACUAACAGAUGGGAAAUUACACAGGGCAGUGACUGCCAGGAUGAUUCACCAAACAAGGAAUCUGCUCCACAUUCAGCUGUCCAGAUCAUCUCAGCAAGGGGCAACACACAAUUUGAGGAGACGGGUAAAUGUUGACCCUUCUUUCUAGCGACUCUUC